AUGGGCGCCCAGCCCAUAGAGACACUGAUCCUCCACCCCGGUCAACACCGCGUAACAACUAACCCUUCGCAGAAACCACGAGCGCGUGGCAAACGCGAUUUCGUAGAUACAUGGAAUAAUGUAAGAUAUUACCAUUUGAUCGCCCACAAUGAUUAUCGCGAUGGAAUCGGUCUUGUGAACGGGACCGGUUCGAGAAAACCCGUCAGGCCAGAUGUGCACGUGUCGACGACAACAAAAGGGCCGCCGCCACGUGUGCCAGCCUCGAGGCCGUCGAAGACGGGAAAUUCGCAGACAUUGUUCGGAGUUUUCCAGAAGUGCUCUAUUUGUGUUCGCGUUUUCGGGCACGUGCCGGAAGGAAUACUACAUGACGUAGCGGCUGCCGCAGCCAGCCCACAAGGCGGUUCGUGGAAUUUUCGUCGCGAGACGGCUUUCCAAGCACUGUGGAUGUCUACGCGAUAACGAUGAUCGGUUACAACUUCCCAAAUACGUGUAACUGUGGUUUACAUUAGUUUCUUUUCAUUUUUAACCGUAUCGAUAAAUUACAAUCGAGACGAAAAAAAAAAUAAAAUAAAUACCACCUAAUCAUAAUUUGCUAUACCUAUAAUGUCACAGUACCAUGACGUGAACAAAGCACAUACGUAUCUGUAUAAACGUGUACUAUUUUAUUUCAAAAUAAUAAUAAUAAUAACACGAAUUGUACAACGUUAGAAAUUAAAAUUAACA